AAUAGAAUAAUUUUGCACAUGCAACGCAUUAGUACUCCGAAUCCCUUCUUACUUUCCUAGAAUGGAAUAAUCACAACUUUGCUGACGUGCCAGUUACAGAGAUUUCUUUCCACUUUGAAGUUUCAAAUAUCUGUCAUUUGAUGCAAUUAAUGAACAAUCUAUAAUUAGAUUGAUCAACAAUCUUCAAAAUUACAUGAACAAGUUUCGAAUGUCUGUCAUUUGAGGCAGUGAACAAUCAAUAAUUAGACUGAUCAACAAUCCGCAAAAGUAUAUACAUCACAAGUUAUAACCUGAUCAAGUUGAACAUACCAUGAAUACUGUUGCUGGCAGCUUGAUCUACGUACAGGUGAGGAGAGUCACGGAGCUUUUUCCUCCAAGUCUGAGGAAACAGUUUAAGAGCUGGGAGCUGCACGCCAUGGUUUUACUCAGCCUCACCUUGCAGAUAAUUCUCAUCUUCUUUGGCAAUUACAGGAAAAGUAAAAAGAAGGUUUGGAUCAGAAUUGUGCUGUGGUGUGCCUAUUUAAUGGCUGAUUGGGUAGCAACUGUUGCCCUUGGUGUCAUCAUGGACAAUCUUGGAAAUGUAGUCGACAGCAAUGGGCAAGGCGGAAGACUGGACGCAAAUGCUGAGCUAACUGCAUUCUGGGCACCAUUUCUUCUGUUACACUUGGGAGGGCCUGACACUAUUACAGCUUAUUCCUUGGAAGACAACGAGCUGUGGCUACGGCACCUUCUUGGACUAGGAGUAGAAACAGGAGUCGCGCUGUACAUUUUCAUUUUGGCUUGGAGAGUUUCUCAACUCUCUAUUCUGUCCAUUUUGAUGUUUUGUGCAGGAACUAUCAAAUAUGCGGAGAGAACGUGGUCUCUGAGGUCCGCAAGCAUUGAAGAAUUCAGAAACUCCAUGAUCACCCCUGCUGACCCUGGUCCCAAUUACGCCACAUUUAUGCAGGAAUACUCCUUAAAACAGUACGAGGGGUUCGUGACUACAAUUGAGGAGAUAGAAGAGAUCCGCACUUUUUCCGCCCAAAAUAGUUCCAACCAGCUGCCUGAUGCAUUACAGCUGCAUAAAGCGCAUGACCUGUUACAAAAUUUUAAGCGUCUUUUUGUAGAUCUAAUCCUCGGUGUCGAUGAGCGGGAAAGCAGUCGAUCUUUAUUCUUUGAACUGGACGUGAAUAAAGCUUUCAAAUUGGUAGAAAUGGAACUUGGGUUUGUGUAUGACAUGCUUUAUACCAAAGCGGCAUUGAUCCAUUCACGGAUAGGAUUGGUUCUCCGCUUCAUCAGUUUUUCAUGCACUUGCACUGUGUUGGCUUUAUUCUCCAUGGCUGACCACAAACAUUGCUCAAUUGUUGAUUUGAGCAUCACAUACCUACUGAUGUGUGCUGCUGUUGUUUUGGAGGUAUGUGCAGUACUCUUGCUGCUUUCCUCUGACUGGACUGAUCUUUGGUUCACCAAGCACUUGGGUGAUCCAAAAUUCAUCUCCUAUCUACGGCUGCGAAAACCUCGAAGGUGGUCAAAUUCCAUUGCACAGUUUGAUGCAUUGAGCUUUUACCUCGAAGACAAACCCAUGAUCUGUGGUCGAAUCCUAAAGCUCAUUUUCCCCAAUGAGAUGAUACAACAACUUCACUACACAAAGUAUGAGCAAGUACAACCUGAUUUGAAAGGACUGAUUUUUAACCAUCUCAAAAGCGAGUCUGAGGAUAUAUCAAAUGUGGCAACAGCAAUAUCCAGCCGAGGAAGCCAAGUACUAAUGAAGUAUGGUCAUACUGAACUUAAAUGGAGUGUCGAGGUUGAUUUCGAUCAGAGCAUUCUUAUCUGGCAUAUUGCUACAUAUCUCUGUUACCGUGCGGAUUAUCCAAAAACUCCAGAAGGAACAAACUAUGGAAAACUGAGCAUAAGUUUAUCGCAAUAUAUGUUACAUCUCCUCGUCAUGUAUCCAAUCAUGUUACCAGUGGGAAUUGGGAUGAUCAGAUUUCGAGAUACUCAAGCUGAGUUCAAUAGGUUCUUUGAAGAAUACAGCUCCACCUCUGAUAGCGCUAAAUCUGCAAGUAGUGGAAACAUUUUCUCACGGGUUAAGUAUUAUCUAAAUUUUGGAAGAAAGUCCAAAGUAGAUAAAACCAAAGCCUGUGAGAUGUUGCGGAAAGUGAAUAGCACGGCAGUUGAACCCGUUAAAGUGAAAGGGGACAGAAGCAAAUCUGUGUUGUUUGAGGGGUGUAGGCUUGCAUCACAGUUGCAGCAAGGACUACAGGAUGAUAAGGAGAAGAAAUGGGAAAUGAUUAGUAAAGUAUGGGUGGAGAUGCUGGCUUAUGCUGCUAGCCGCUGUAGGGGGAACCAACAUGCUCAGCAGUUGAGAAGGGGUGGAGAACUUCUUUCCCAUGUCUGGCUUCUGAUGGCACAUUUUGGUUUAACUGAACAGUUCCAAAUAUCACAAGGCCAUGCAAGAGUGAAACUUUAUGUGAAAUGAAAUGUAUGCAGAAUAAAUAAUUAUUCAGUGAGGAUCAAAUUUGAGCUGUUGCUUUCGUUUGUUUGUCCCUAUCUCAUAUGGUUGUAAUUGUAUCUUUAUAUGUUUUAUCAAUGUUUUAUC